CUGAAAAGCAGUUUGGCUCAACCCAUGCUGAAUUAUUCAAUAAUUAAAAGAAUGCCUUCUAAUCUUGAUGACGUAGAUUUAAUAAAACUGGUUGAAAGCUAUCCUGUACUCUAUGCGAAAUAUCAGGGGUUUGCUGGUAGAACAAAUAUAGCGGAUAAUAUGGGCUUUUUCCUAGAGAUUUAAAUCUUGUUAAAUAAAGGAGGAUGACUUCUUUAACGUACUCGACGCUAAAAGAGAGUUAAGUCAGGGUAUAGUGGAAUGUCAGAAACGUGGUUUAGUGUACAGCGUCAAAUGGUUAGCUGAAAUGUGCCACGGCCUUGCGGACGUGGAUAUUGACGGCGAGGAUUGAAAAAGAUAAUUUCGAUAUUAAAAUGCUGGAAGGCAUAGCACCGAAAAAAUAUGAUAAUUAUUUUCUGGCUAAAAGUUACCUUGAUGUACGUGAAUAUGAUAGAGCUGCUCAUUUAGUGCGGAAUGCUAGUUCUCCAGUUCCCAGAUUCCUUCAUUCUUAUGCCACUUAUAUGGCAGUGGAGAAACGACGGUUGGAUUCGACCACGGAUCAAUCGAAUCUAAAUGACUCAGGUCACUUUAAAGACCUGGGUGAGAUUUUGGUUACUUUGCGGGCAGAGCAUUCGCGAAAUAAAUUAGACGGUUACGGCAUGUUUUUAUACGGUGUUGUAAUAGAAGAGCAAAAGUGACCAAGUCAAGGAAAAAGAAUCGGAAACAAUCAGGAAACCAUUAAA